AUGGACAAUACUAGGAUGAACUCCUUCUUAGAGUAUGCAAUUUGUAACCGUGGGACGGGCGCCUACCAUCAUUUAGAGCAGAGCUCCCCUUCCUUCCCCUCUUGCUCAGGUAGCCCUGCCAGUGACACUUUUAACGGAGACGGGCGCUUUGGCGUAGGAGGAAGCACGGCCGCGGCUGCCCUUCUCCCCCAGCAGAGCCCCAGCUACCACCCGCCCUCCUCCGGGCGCACCGUCCCCUUCGCGGGCGCUGCCCCAGCCUCCGGGUACCCAGCCCAGAACCGCAGCCCCGGGCACCGGUACCAGCAACAACCCCUUUACGGGCAGGAACAGCCCGGCUAUUUGCCCGCGGUUUACAGCAGUCUUUCGCCUUCUCUAAAUGAGGACAAAGACCCUGCGUGCCCCUCUGAGCCAUGCCCCAACUCCAGCGCCACGCUGACUUUCGACUGGAUGAAAGUGAAGAGGAACCCGCCCAAAACAGCUAAAGUGUCGGAGUACGGACUGCUGGGCCAGCCCAACACCAUCCGCACCAAUUUCACCACCAAGCAGCUGACAGAGCUGGAGAAAGAGUUUCACUUUAACAAGUAUCUCACCCGGGCCCGAAGGGUGGAGAUCGCUGCUACCCUGGAGCUCAACGAAACCCAGGUGAAGAUCUGGUUCCAGAACAGGCGGAUGAAGCAGAAGAAGAGGGAAAAGGAAGGUCUAGCCCCGGUUGCUGCUUCCAGGUCUGCGAAGGAAGCAAACGAAGCAUCGGAUCAGUCCAACUGCACCUCACCUGAGGCUUCCCCCAGUUCGGUAUCUUCCUGA